CUGAGGAGGUUGGCCACGAAGCCUGUGGGGAAUUAGCGGCCGGCCUGGAGCGUUCAGACUUCAGAGGAAGCUCCGGUUUUGAAAUGAGUGAGUUUGUGAAGCUGUGAUUUCCUUCAGAUCAAAUGGGGAAUGUGUGUGGCUGCGUGAGAGCUGAGAGGGAAGAGCAGUACUUAGAUCCUGCCAAAACUCCGCUGAGCCCUGACAGACGCUCUCCUGGAAGAAAGUAUUUCAGAGCACAGGCGACCCGGAAGAGUGUAGGUGACCCAGAGUCGACGCAGCAGAAGAGGGAAGAUGAAGGCACGAAGGGUGACAUGCAGCUUUUAGGGCGGCAGCCAGCUCCUCUGUGCAGAGCGCAGGCACCGACGGACUCUGCUGCCCCACGCCCCACCCUGGAAGAUGGUUUUCAGCAAGAGACGACACAGGCUGUAGCUGACAGGGCCAGACCGAAACUUGUCCCCGCUGCUGCAAGCAGUUGGUCUCAUGCAGGGAAAGCGUCCCCUGUUAAGCACAGGGAGACAGAAGCACAGAAGGGUGCUCCAGAUGGAAAGAGUUCAGAGACAGAGAACACUCACUGUUGUGCAGGGAGCAAGCAGCGUGUGGGUGAUGUCGACGCAGGAGAAGGGACAUUCCAGAGAAAAGCUGGGGUUUUUCCUUUCCAGAAGGCAGCCAGCUUAAGCUCCCUUCACUGUGGUACUGAGAAAUCACUUGAAAAAAGUAGCUUUGCUGAAAACCCAUCAAAAACUUGGAGCCGAGUCCAAGAAAGGCAAAACACUGAGAAGUUUUGCCCUUGUGAAACUCACCAUUUUCAGUUUAAAAAAAGGAGAUGCUGCUCCCUCUGUACUGUGUCCUCAGUUUCGAAGGACACAUUUGGCAAUGAGAUAUCUGACAUCCAUGUCACUGGAGAGUCAGAAGAUAUGUCUGCAAAAGAGCGGCUGCUGCUGUGGACGCAGCAGGCCACCGAGGGCUACGCCGGCGUGCGGUGUGAAAACUUCACCACCUGCUGGAGAGACGGAAAGCUGUUUAACGCCAUCAUCCAUAAAUACAGGCCGGACCUGAUAGACAUGAAUACUGUUGCUGUUCAAAGCAACCUUGCAAAUUUAGAGCAUGCUUUUUAUGUAGCAGAAAAAAUUGGUGUUAUAAGACUUCUGGACCCUGAAGAUGUUGAUGUCUCCUCCCCUGAUGAAAAAUCAGUUAUAACUUAUGUGUCAUCUCUCUAUGAUGCAUUUCCCAAAGUCCCUGAGGGUGGCGAAGGCAUCGGUGCAAAUGAUGUUGAAGUGAAAUGGAUUGAAUACCAGAAUAUGGUGAACUACCUCAUCCAGUGGAUUAGACAUCACGUGACUACAAUGUCUGAGAGAACAUUUCCUAAUAAUCCUGUAGAACUAAAGGCACUUUAUAAUCAGUAUUUACAGUUUAAAGAAACAGAAAUCCCACCAAAAGAGACAGAAAAAUCAAAAAUUAAACGCCUCUAUAAACUAUUAGAGAUUUGGAUAGAAUUUGGGCGCAUCAAACUGCUCCAAGGCUAUCACCCAAAUGACCUGGAGAAGGAGUGGGGGAAGCUGAUUGUUGCCAUGCUGGAGCGAGAGAAGGCGCUGCGUCCUGAGGUGGAGAGGUUGGAAAUGCUGCAGCAGAUUGCCAGCCGUGUCCAGAGGGACAGUGUCAUCUGCGAGGACAAACUGAUGCUUGCCCGAAACGCUCUCCAGUCCGAUUCCAAAAGAUUGGAAUCAGGAGUGCAAUUUCAGAAUGAAGCAGAGAUUGCUGGGUACAUACUCGAAUGUGAGAACCUUUUACGCCAGCAUGUCAUUGAUGUCCAGAUCCUUAUCGACGGAAAAUACUACCAGGCAGAUCAGCUGGUGCAGAGGGUUGCAAAGCUGCGUGAUGAGAUUAUGGCCUUAAGGAACGAGUGCUCCGCCGUGUACAGCAAGGGACGCAUGCUGACGGCAGAGCAGACGAAGCUCAUGAUAUCAGGGAUUUCGCAAAGUUUGAACUCAGGGUUUGCACAGACCUUAACCCCCACUCUGAACUCAGGGCUGACCCAGGGUUUAACACCUUCCCUGACCUCGUCCAGUGUGACCUCUGGCCUGUCAUCCGGACUGACUUCUCGCCUGACUCCGUCUGUCACUCCAGCUUACACACCUGGCUUCCCAUCAGGAUUCGUUCCAAACUUUGGUCCAGGGUUAGAGCCGAGCUCUUUGCAGUCUCUGAAAUUGAUGCAGAUUCGGAAACCCCUUCUAAAAUCAUCUUUGCUGGAUCAGAACUUAACAGAAGAGGAGGUCAACAUGAAAUUUGUUCAGGAUCUUUUGAAUUGGGUUGAUGAGAUGCAGGUGCAGCUUGAUCAUACUGAAUGGGGCUCAGAUUUACCAAGUGUUGAAAGCCAUUUAGAAAAUCAUAAAAAUGUUCACCGAGCUAUAGAAGAAUUUGAAUCUAGCCUUAAAGAAGCCAAGAUCAGUGAGAUUCAAAUGACUGCACCUCUUAAGCUAAUUUAUGCAGAAAAGCUGCACAGAUUAGAGAGCCAGUAUGCAAAACUCUUGAAUACAUCCAGGAAUCAGGAACGGCACCUUGACACACUCCAUAACUUUGUAACUCGUGCAACUAACGAACUUAUUUGGUUGAAUGAAAAAGAAGAGGAGGAAGUUGCUUAUGACUGGAGUGAGAGAAAUACUCACAUAGCCCGGAAAAAAGAUUACCACACUGAAUUAAUGAGAGAACUUGAACAAAAGGAAGAAAAUAUUAAGUCAGUUCAGGAGAUAGCAGAGCAGCUUCUUCUAGAAAAUCACCCAGCCCGCUUAACUAUUGAGGCCUACAAAGCGGCAAUGCAGACGCAGUGGAGCUGGGUCUUACAGCUGUGCCAGUGCGUGGAGCAGCACAUAAAGGAGAACACCGCGUAUUUGGAGUUUUUCAAUGAUGCCAAAGAAGCUGCUGAUUACCUAAAGAAUCUGAAAGACGCCAUCCAGCGGAAGUACAGCUGUGACAGAUCUAGCAGCAUUCACAAACUGGAAGACCUUGUUCAGGAAUCCAUGGAGGAGAAAGAAGAGCUUCUGCAGUACAAGAGCACAGUGGCAAGCCUGGUGGGGAGAGCCAAAAGCAUAAUUCAGCUCAAGCCAAGAAACCCUGACUGUCCACUCAAGACCUCGAUCCCCAUCACUGCGAUCUGUGACUACAGACAGAUCGAGAUAACCAUUUACAAAGACGACGAAUGUGUUUUGGCCAACAACUCCCACCGCGCCAAAUGGAAGGUCAUUAGUCCCACUGGGAACGAGGCUAUGGUUCCGUCGGUGUGCUUCACUGUUCCUCCACCAAACAAAGAAGCAGUUGACUUUGCGAAUAGAAUUGAGCAACAGUAUCAGAAUGUCCUCACUCUUUGGCAUGAAUCUCACAUAAACAUGAAGAGCGUAGUGUCCUGGCAUUAUCUCAUCAAUGAAAUUGAAGGAGUUCGAGCUAGCAACGUGGCUUCAAUAAAGACAAUGUUACCUGGUGAACACCAGCAAGUUCUGAGUAAUCUACAGUCCCGAUUUGAAGAUUUUCUGGAAGACAGCCAGGAAUCCCAGAUAUUUUCGGGCUCAGAUAUAACACAGCUGGAAAAGGAAGUGAAUGUAUGCAAGCAGUAUUAUCAAGAACUUCUUAAAUCUGCAGAAAGAGAAGAGCAAGAGGAAUCGGUUUAUAACCUGUACAUUUCUGAAGUUAGAAACAUUAGACUUCGGUUAGAGAACUGUGAAGAUCGGUUGAUUAGACAGAUCCGAACUCCCCUGGAAAGAGAUGAUUUGCAUGAAAGUGUGUUCAGAAUCGCAGAGCAGGAGAAACUAAGGAAAGAGCUGGAACGACUUAAAGAUGAUUUGGGAUCCAUCACAAACAAGUGCGAGGAGUUCUUCAGUCAGGCCGCCGCCUCUCCGUCCAUGCCCACCUUACGAUCUGAGCUCAGCGUGGUGCUUCAGAACAUGAAUCAAGUCCACUCCAUGUCUUCCACGUACACGGAGAAGUUGAAAAGAGUAAAUUUGGUAUUAAAGAACACUCAAGCUGCAGAAGCCCUUGUAAAACUCUAUGAAACCAAACUGUGUGAAGAAGAGGCUGUUGUAGCUGACAAGAACAAUAUUGAGAACUUAAUAAGUACUUUAAAGCAAUGGCGAUCUGAAGUAGAUGCAAAGAGAGAGGUUUUCCACGCGCUGGAGGAUGAGCUGCAGAAGGCAAAAGCUGUCAGUGAUGAGAUGUUUAAGACUUACAAAGAACGGGACCUUGACUUUGACUGGCACAAAGAGAAAGCAGAUCAGUUAGUUGAAAGGUGGCAAAAUGUUCAUACGCAGAUUGACAACAGGUUACGAGACUUAGAGGGCAUUGGGAAGUCCCUGAAGUACUACAGAGAUACCAGUCAUCCUUUAGAUGACUGGAUACAGCAGGUUGAAACCACUCAGAGAAAGAUUCAGGAGAAUCAGCCUGAAAACAGCAGGACCUUGGCCGCACAGCUGAAUCAGCAGAAGAUGCUGGUAUCUGAAAUAGAAAUGAAGCAGAACAAAAUGGAUGAAUGUCAAAAAUACGCAGAACAGUACUCAGCUAUAGUGAAGGACUAUGAGUUACAAACCAUGACCUACCGGGCCAUGGUAGAUUCGCAGCAGAAAUCCCCAGUGAAACGCCGGAGAAUGCAGAGCUCAGCAGAUGUCAUUAUUCAAGAGUUCAUGGAGCUUCGGACACGAUAUACUUCCCUGGUCACACUCAUGACACAGUACAUUAAAUUUGCCGGUGAUUCAUUAAAAAGACUGGAAGAGGAAGAGAUGAAAAGGUGCAAGGAGUCCUCUGAACGCGGGGCAUAUACAGAUCUGCUUCAGCGUCAGAAGGCAACAGUGAUGGAGAACAGCAAACUUACCGGAAAGAUAAGUGAGUUGGAAAAGAUGGUAGCUGACCUAAAGAAGCAAAAGUGUCGAGCAGAGGAAGAACUUCCAAAGAUCAAGGAGGCUGCAGAAAUUGAACUGAGAAAGCAGCAGAGAAAUGUAGAAGACAUUGCUCUGCAGAAGACAAGGGCUGAAAGUGAAGCCCAGCAGUACCGCAGGGACUUGGAGACCAUAGUGAGGGAGAAGGAAGCCACGGAACAGGAGCUGGAGCGGGUGAGGCAGCUCACCUUGGAGGCGGAGGCCAAAAGAGCAGCCGUAGAGGCAAACCUCCUGAAUUUCCGGAAUCAGCUAGAGCAAAACACCAUGACGAGAAGGACACUGGAAGACCAUCUCAAAAGGAAAGACUCCAAUCUGAAUGAUUUGGAGCAACAGAAAAGUAAGUUAAUGGAAGAAUUAAGAAGAAAGAAAGACAGUGAGGAAGAACUCUUGAAGAUGGUAAAGCAGAUGGAAAGAGAUCUUGCAUUUCAGAGACAGGUUGCAGAGAAGCAGUUAAAGGAAAAGCAAAAAGUUGAAUUGGAAGCAAGAAGAAAAAUAAAUGAAAUUCAGUAUUCAUAUAGAGAAAGUACACUGCCCACACAGGCUUUGUCUUGUAUGGGAAUAGGAGGUCUUCAGAAAGAACAUGACAGACAGAAGGCGGAGGAACUCAGACAGCAAGUGGAUGAGCUGACUCUCGCCAAUAGAAAGGCUGAGAGGGACAUGAGAGAGCUGAAGUACGAGCUUAAUGCCCUCCAGCUGGAGAAGACUUCAUCUGAGGAGAAGGCGCGUUUGCUGAAAGAUAAACUGGAUGAAACAAAUACUGCACUAAGUUGUCUCAGGUUGGAGUUGGAAAGGAAGCAUCAGGUAGAGGAGGGGUAUUCUCAGCAGCUUAGGGAACUUAGCAGACAGCUGAGCCAAACCACACAUAAAGCAGAAGAAAUCAAGCAAGAAGCAGAUGACCUCAGGAAAAUAAAGCACACGUAUCAGUUAGAAUUAGAAUCUCUCCAUCAGGAGAAAGGGAAGCUACAAAGAGAAGUAGACAGAAUCACCAGGGCACGUGCUGUGGCCGAGAGAGACAUCCAGCGUUUAAAUUCUCAAGUUGAUUCUGUUCAGGAUGAGAAGGGAUUCUCCAGUGAAAGAGCAAAACUGUGCCAGAGAAAAUCAGAUCAUCUGAAAGAACAGUUUGAGAAAAGCCACGAGCAGUUGCUUCAAAAUAUUAAAGCCGAAAAGGAAAAUAAUGAUAAAAUUCAGAGGCUUAAUGAAGAAUUAGAAAAAAGUAAUGAGUGUGCAGAAGAGUUGAAGCAAAAGGUUGAUGAGCUCACCAGGCAGAAUAAUGAAACCAAGCUGAUGAUGCAGAGAAUUCAGGCAGAGUCAAAGAACGUAGUCUUAAAGAAACAGGCCAUCCAGCACAGAUGCGAAGUGCUGAAAAGCCAGGCUGAUGGUUUUAAGGAUCAGUUGCGGAAUACAAAUGAACACUUACAUAAGCAGACAAAAGCAGAACAGGAUUUCCACAGAAAAAUUAAAAGCCUAGAAGAAGACCUGGCCAAAAGUCAGAAAUUAGUAAGUGAAUUUAAGCACAAGUGUGACCAGCAGAACAUUAUCAUCCAGAAUACUGAGAAAGAGGUUAGAAAUCUGAGUGCUGAACUGAACGCUUCUAAAGAGGAAAAGCGUCGUGGGGAGCAGAAAGUUCAGCUGCAGCAAGCUCAAGUGCAAGAGUUAAAUAACAGGUUAAAAAAGGUGCAAGAUGAACUGCACCUAAAGACCAUUGAAGAGCAGAUGACCCACAGAAAGAUGGUUCUGUUCCAGGAGGAGUCUGAUAAAUUCAAACGUUCAGCAGAAGAGUUUCGGAAAAAAAUGGAGAAGUUAAUGGAGUCCAAGGUCGUCACUGAAAAUGAUAUCUCAGGUAUUAAACAUGACUUUGCAUCUCUGCAACAAGAAAACUGCAGGGCUCAAGAGAAUGCUAAGCUUUGUGAGACAAAUAUUAAAGAACUCGAAAGACAGCUCCGACAAUACCGUGAGCAAAUGCAACAAGGACAGCAUGUAGAAGCAAAUCAUUACCAGAAAUGCCAGAAACUGGAAGGCGAGCUGGUAGCCCAGAAGAGUGAAGUCGAAAAACUGAAGCAGAAGAUGGACCAGCAGAUAAAGGAGCAUGAACAUCAGUUAGUUUUGCUCCAGUGUGAAAUCCAAAAAAAGAACAUUGGCAAAGACUGUACCUGCACACCAGACUUUGAGGUGACCGUAAAGGAGCGUCAGUGUUCUGGAGAGCUCCCCUCUAGGAGCACUGGACCCCUUCAUCCAAGUGCAGGGUCCCCGCUACUCAGAUGGCCUCAGGAGCCACAGCAGGGAGGGCAGGUUUGUGAACAGAUGCCAAAGGAAGUCCAGUUCCAGCUGCCAGGGGCUCCACUCGAGAGAGAAAAAAGCCAGCAGUGUUAUUCAGAGUAUUUUACUCAGACAAGCACCGAGUUACAAAUAACUUUUGAUGAGGCAAACCCUAUUACAAGACUAUCAGAAAUAGAGAAGCUAAGAGGUCAAGCUCUGCACAGCUCCAGCCUACCUGUUAGGUACCAAGAUGACAAACAGGAGAUGGAGCUGGUGAAGCUUUUGACCCCCUUGGAGAAAUCACUGGAAGAAGAAAAGAAAGAGCAUGUCGAAAAAGCCAAAGAAUUGCAGAAAUGGGUAUCAAAUAUCAGCAAGACACUGAGAGAUGGUGAGAAGGCUGGAAAAUCUCCCUUCUCUAAGCAAAAGAUUUCCAGUGAGGAAUUAUCAACCAAGAAGGAACAGUUAUCUGAAGCACUUCAGACCAUGCAGCUGUUUUUGGCUAAACAUGGAAACAAAAUGACAGAUGAAGAAAGAAACGAAUUAGAAAAGCAAGUGAAAACUCUUCAAGAAGGAUAUAAUUUAUUAUUUAGUGAAUGUCUGAAACAGCAGGAAGAAUCACAAACCUCAGGAGAUAUCAAUGUAGAGGAGAAGCUGGAUAAAGUGAUUGCAGGCACCGUUGAUCACACAACUGGAGAGGUCCUUUCAGUCUUUCAGGCAGUGUUAAGAGGCCUCCUUGACUACGACACAGGAAUCAGGUUGCUUGAGACACAGCUGCUGAUUUCUGGUCUAAUUUCACCAGAAUUAAGAAAGUGUUUUGACCUCAAAGAUGCCAAAAGUCAUGGUCUUAUUGACGAACAAAUUCUGUGCCAGCUCCAAGAACUAAAUAAAGUUAAGGAGAUUAUUUCUGCUUCAUCAUCUAGCGAAAUUCCUGUACUCAAUGCUUUAGCUCAAGGCAUGAUAUCAGAGUCCAUGGCCGUUAAAGUUCUUGAGAUCCUGUUUUCUCCUGGAUUUCUCACUAUCCCAGCCACUGGUGAACACUUAACCUUGCAAAAGGCUUUCCAGCAGAACUUGGUUUCCUCAGCAUUGUUUUCUAAAGUACUAGAAAGACAAAAUAUGUGCAGAGAUCUUAUUGACCCCUUUACCUCUGAGAAGGUGUCUUUAACAGAUAUGGUACAAAAAAGUAUUUUACAAAAAAAUACUGGAAUGUGGCUUCUACCUGUGAGACCACAAGAAGGGGGUCGGAUAACAUUGAAGUGUGGAAGGAGCAUCAGCAUCCUCAGAGCCGCUCACGAGGGUCUCAUAGACCGUGAGACCAUGUUUCGGUUGUUAGGCGCACAGCUGCUGUCUGGUGGUCUGGUCGAGGGCACCUCUGGUCAGAAGCUGACUGUCGAAGAAGCCUUGGCAGAGGGCGUGAUCGACGGAGACACCGCCCACAGCAUUCUCGCCUAUCAGGUCCAGACAGGCGGCAUCAUCUCCUCCAACCCCGCUAAACGCCUGACAGUGGAUGAAGCGGUGCAGUGCGACCUCAUCACGUCCAGCAGUGCUCUUCUGAUCCUGGAGGCCCAGCGAGGCUAUGUUGGCCUCAUCUGGCCACACUCUGGAGAAAUAUUCCCCACAUCUUCUUCCUUGCAGCAAGAGUUGAUUACAAAUGAAUUGGCCUACAAAAUUCUGAAUGGCAGGCAGAAAAUAGCUGCCCUGUAUAUUCCAGAAAGUUCUCAGGUUGUUGAUGUGGAUGUCGCUGAGCAGCUAGGAAUUAUAGACAACAACACAGCAUCGAUUUUAAAAAACAUAGCACUGCCAGAUAAAAUGCCAGACUUAGGAGAUUUAGAAGCUUGUAAGAAUGCCAGAAGAUGGCUCUCUUUUUGUAAAUUCCAGCCAUCAACAGUUCAUGAUUAUAGACAAGAAGAGGACAGUUUUGAAGGAGAAGAACCAGGGGCAACUCAGAACUCAGAACAGACUAAGAAAUUAUUCUUAUCUUACCUGAUGGUCAACAGUUACAUGGAUGCGCGCACAGGGCGGAGGCUGUUGAUGUACGAUGGAGACUUGCAGGAGGCUGUCGGCAUGCUCCUGGAUGGCUGCAGUGCCGAGAUUGGUGAGGGUGCAGCAACAGAAGACAGUUUGGGUGCCAUAGACAUCCCUGGCCUGUUUCUUAAUGGUGCUGCCAGUAAGGGGAAGGAUGGAUAUACAGCUUUACCAGCUAGUUCUGAUAAGUGUCAUGGUAGAGAACCUGGCCAUAGAGAGACUCCUGAACAUCAAAAGAGUGUCAUAGAUGAGGAGUUUGGUGAAAUGGGAAAUAAUGCUAUCAGUAGUGAAUUAUGUCAGUCAGAAAGUAUGGCAGACAUGACACCAACUGAUCCUGAAGGUAACACUGUGCUCACCAUGUGUGUUCCCAAUCCUGUGUCCUGUGAACGUACAGAGGGCAGCACACUUCUGCAUGACUGUGAAAACAUACUUAAAAACUGUGAAAAUCAAAGUCAACUUGAAACAAAUGAAAAUGCAGAUGGAUGUACUUAUUCUAAAAACAUUCAAAACUUUGCAUGUGAUCUGGUAGCAAGUCCUGUUGGGAAUUCAAAAACUGAUAGACUCUGUGAUGUGAGUGAAACAAAGAAUAACAUAAAUCAUGAUUCAUCCAGCUUUGUCUACUCUUCCAGGCUGAGUGCCUUAUUACGUCACGAUAAACUGAGACACACUCAGAAUUUUAAUGAUGUUUGCUCCCCAGACAGUGAUGGAAAUCAGUACGAAGCCGCCUCCUCAUCAGCAAGUGACCAAAGCAUGUUAUUAAAUCAAAGAACAGGAAAAAGUGUUGAGGACCAGUUUCUCGGAAUCGCAGCUAUUAACAUCACCUUACAGGGCGAAUGCGGGGAGCAGAAGCCUUUCAACACUGCUUGUAGUCAGCCUCAAGUACAGUAUCACGGUGAUGAACACAUGUCAGAUACUUUGGAUGAGAGUGAAGAAAUGCAAACUGCUUCCCAGAGGACACCUACAAGCAGGCAGAAUGAAUCUGAAGUGGAAGAGUUCUCCUGUGCCAUGGCCCAGCAGUACGGUACCGGCGGCACAAGUGCAUCUCAUGUCUGUGGUGCACGUGUGCUUGAAGAAGCCAUCAGUGCCAGUGACUAUGAGACGUCACUGCUGGACGAUCCACAGAGUGGCACAGGAACAGACACAGAUAGUGAUGAUAACUUUUAUGAUACCCCCUUGUUUGAAGACGAUGACCAUGAUUCUCUGCUUCUCGAAGGUGAUGACCAGGAUUGUCUGCAGCCUGAGGACUAUGACACACUGCAAGAGGAAAAUGAUGUGAUGGGUUCUCCUGCUGAUGUUUUCUAUGAUACUUCAAAAGAGAAUGAAAGUUUUGAGGUUUCCAACUUAAGUGUCCGAGGCAAAGCACAGUGUCAUCAAGGUUUUCUCAUGGCUAUUGAGAAAGCUGAAGUAGACGCUAAUAACAAAAAGCAUUUAAGUUCAUUUGAGUCAGACAAGGAGAAGGAGUGGCCAAUGGAAACCUUAUCGGAAAGGGAACACACAAGUGACCUUAAAGGUGGGGAGUCUGACUCGUUGAUUGAUUGUGAAAGUGCAGGAAGGAAAGGGAGCUAUGGUGAUUCAUCAGAGUUUGAUGACACUGGCAGUUGGAGAAGAAAAGAGUAUGUAACAGGCCAGCCCGAUACUAACCAUUUUGAUUCUUUGCAAAGUGAAGACAGUUAUGGGAGUUUUAUGUGUGACAGUAAUGAUGAAGACGGUGAUGGUGAUGGUGAUGAUAAUGGUGCUGACAGAGCAGGAGGGGUGGGAGAUGGGAGUGACAAGUGUGAAAAUCACCAGUUGUGUGCCAUGGCUGUAAAGGAAAGUAGUAAUGAAAAUCAAAGUGGUGAAAUGCUUCUCUGGGAUAAAAUGCAUAAUUAUAGUUCUCUAGAAACACAGCAAAGUGUAAGUGUGUUACAGUUAGAAUCCACUAGUGAGAGCAGUUUAGCUACUGAAAGAAACAAUCUUCAGGAACACACAACUGGGGUUGUUGGAAAAAACAGAGAAAUUCUGUUGAGUCAUGGGGUAGUACUUACAGAUACAUUGCUGCCUAAUGCCAAAGACGCUGAAUCAGGAACACUCUGUGGGCCUCAAGGUACUUUACAGAGUAGCAUCAGUUCACCUUCUGAAUUAGGGGGUGAUCUAACGAACACAAAGAACAAGGUGUCCCCAAAGCCAGAAUCUAUCAAUCUUGAGAAUAUGACAGCCCAAAUCAACCCAUCUUUUGAUGAAAUCAUUGGAUCCCAGCCCGAAUUAAUAGGGAAAGCUGUGGAAAACCAGUUGUUACUCACAGCCUCUAAAAGUGCUAGAGAUGGCCAGCGAAAUGAGAGAAGCCAAAUGAAAGGGAAAGAUGGCAAAACUGGUGUAAUGGAAGGCACUGUGUCCACCCAGAAAAUGCAAGUAGGUAAAGACAUGCUUAAAAAAGAUCCAGAAGAAGAGGAAAAUAAAUAUCUCAAACAUUCACUUAAUAUAAGUACAAGGAAGAGCCUCAAUUUAGUUAAAAGUCAGCAUCCAUUUCCUCAAAUAAUGAGCAGCGAAGAUGGUGGUCAGAGAGGAAGCCCUGUGAAGGCAAUUGAAACUCUUAAAGAGGCACCAAAAAGCGUACAAACAGUGGUCAGCAGAAGUCCCGUUCAGCUUGAGGAUCUUGAAGACAUAUUUCAGAAAUCAGUUUCCAAGGUGAUCAAUGAUGACCUUACUCCAGACAUUGUAUUACCUGAAGAGAAUGCCACUGCUGAGAAAGGUGCAUUCACCAGUGGACCUGGGAAAGAGCUUGAUCCGCUUACUUUCCUAAAACACUAUGCUGAAAAUAUAGAAGCAAAAGACGUGCUGAAACCAAAUGAAGAUACUCCCAGCCAUGUUUUAAUAGCUGAUUCACCUAUGAGAGAAGGUUUACAAGUAGGAGUUGAUAGUACAGAAGAGAAUUUGAUUUCUACACAAGAAGACUGGCCUCGAAAUAAGAUGCUGCAGCAGAGUGGUCUUAUUACUGAAGAAAGUGCUUCAGAAGGAGGAAUAAAAAUUCCUCAGUUCACACCAGAAAACAGUGAAAUCGUACUUCCAGGCGUGACCCUUAGAGAUGGAGAAGAUAUUGGGAAAACUACUGAUUGUAUGAAGCCAGAGGUCUGUAUGAAUGAAAUAAGAAAUGACAGCUCUACUAGUACUUUAGGUGCUGACUGCUCAUUCUUGGAAAUUGAUGGGAAGAAAGAAAGAAUUGAGAAACAGCCACCAAAAGAACAAACUCUGUCUCCAAAACACCAAGAAAAGGUGAGAAUGAGUACGGAACCAUCUCAGGUGUUUGUGGAGGAUGUAAAGGAUAUCUUAAAAAGCAGAAUGAAAAGUAAUGUGAAUCCUCAAGAGGUGGGUGUCCCUUCAGCUUGUGCAGACCCUGAAACUUUAAUUCACGAUUUAACAAAAAGGAUUAGCUUCUCAUCGCAGUUGGCAAAUGAAGCAUCUGAUAUGCCCAUCGACUCUAAAAUCAGUGACUGCCCUGAACUCCUCCUCCCCAUGAAUAACUUGUCAGAGCUGAAGGUAGAGGGUAGAGAUGAUCUUUUUUCUGUUGCAAAUAUUAACUCUGAAUGUCUCCUGGAUGUACUGAAGCAAAAUCCAUAUAGCCCGAAAAUUCCAGGACUGUUGGAGUUGAUGAGAAAUUUAACCCAGAUGGAAUGUUAUCUAGAGCAAAGAAGUAUUUCAUCUAAAGCACUUCCAGUACAACUUGAAAAUGCUUUCUAUAAGCUGCUUGCUGAUAGAUAUUCAGAAGAAGAACAAAUUAGAGACUUGAGUCGAAAAGUAUGUACCACUUCUGAGAUGGAGGAAGAAAAGCCACACAGUUUUGGUGAUGUUAAAAGCCAAGAAGGAAACCGCUGCUCUCCUGAUUUACAAACCAUAAAAGAAGUGCAGCUGGAGAGCUCUGUUGUGCGUGCAUCGGCAUUGCCAAGAGAUGAGAGAUUUGAAGACUGCUGUAGUGAUUUCCCAAAGCGUUUGGAAUAUAUUGCUGGAUCAAGAGAAGUCAUUGCUGGAGAUAGCUCGAUGGAAAAAUUUUCCAGUGAACUGCAGCAGUGUUCGUGGCACACGGAAAAAAUGCAUGAGUAUUUAGCUUUCCUUCAAGAUAUGAAGCCUCCUUUAGACAACCUUGAGUCUGUGGGUAACAAUCUAGAAGCUUUGAAGAAUCAACUUAAACAGCUGGAGACAUUUGAGUUGAGACUGUCUCCAAUUGCUGUGAUUUUAAGAAAGGAUAUGAAAUUGGCAGAAGAUUUCUCAAAGUCUCUUCCCAGUGAUUUUCCUAGAAGAUAUCUUGAAGAAUUGCGUGUGAGCCACCAGAGUUUGCAGACUGCCUUUUCUUCCCUGAGCACUGUGUCUUCAGAAAGAAUGGAGCAGAUCAAGCUUGCAGUUGACUCUGAAAUGUCCAAACUAGAAGUUACUUAUGAAGAAUUUCUCCAUAAACUUAAGUCAUUCUCAGACUUGAUAACAGAGAGGAGCAGAUCUCUGAAGAAUAUUGAGACCCAGAAGCCUGAAGACACUGAACAUGUAAAUAAAAAUUUGGAGUUUCUUAAGGCUAUGUUAAGAGACCUGGGGCAUACCAGAGCGCAACUGGAGACUACUGCCUUCGAUGUGCAGUUCUUCGUUUCUGAAUAUGCACAAGAUCUGUCUCCCAACCAAAGCAAACAACUGCUGCGGCUCUUAAACGCAACUCAGAAGUAUUUUCUCGAUGUGCAGGAAUCAGUAACUAUGCAGGUGGAACGUUUAGAGAUACAGUUACAGCUAGGACGAGAUCUUGAUGAUCAGAAGACGGUGGCAGAACGGCAGCAGGAGUACAAAGAGAAGCUCCAGGGGAUAUGUGAUCUUCUCACCCAGACCGAAAACCGCCUCAUCGGUCACCAAGAGGCCUUUGUGAUUGGAGAUGGCACAGUUGAGUUAAAGAAGUACAAGUCGGAGCAAGAGGAAUUACAGAAAGAUAUGCAAAGAAGUGCACAAGCAUUGGCAGAAAUAGUGAAAAACACAGAGAACUUCUUAAAAGAGAGUGGUGAAAAGCUGUCAGAAGACGAUAAGGCUUUGAUUGAACAAAAACUUAGUGAAGCCAAGAUAAAAUGUGAGCAGCUUAAUUUGAAGGCAGAACAGUCGAAAAAGGAGCUGGAUAAAGUUGUGAAGACAGCAAUCAAAGAAGAAACGGAAAAGGUUGCAGCUGUGAAGCAGCUGGAAGAGAGCAAAAUCAAAAUAGAAAAUCUUCUGGACUGGUUGUCAGAUAUGGACAAUGGCUCGGAAAGGGCGGGGACAGAGCACAAACAGGUCAUUGAACAGAACGGGACCCACUUGGACGAAGGCGAUGGCAGGUCGGUGAUAGGGGAGGAGGAUGACGUUAACGGGAACCUGCUGGCGGCUGACCUUGAGGAGCGCGUGGGAGGCACUGAGGAGAAUCUGAACCGGCAGUACCAGAAGAUCAAGGCUCAGCACGAGAAGAUCGUCUCCCAGCACCAGGCGGUCAUCAUUGCCACACAGUCCGCCCAAGCCUUGCUCGAGACACAGGGCCACUAUCUCUCUCCUGAGGACAAGGAGAAACUGCAGAAGAACAUGAAGGAGCUGAAAGCACAUUAUGAAGUGACACUGGCCAAGUCAGAGAAGAAAAUGAAGUUAACGCACUCCCUGCAAGAGGAGUUAGAAAAGUUUGCUGCUGAUUAUGGCGAGUUUGAGCACUGGCUGCAGCACUCAGAGCAAGAGCUUGAGAACCUGGCGGCGGGGGCGGACGACCUCGGGGGCCUGCCGACCGCGCUGGGCGGGCAGAAGAGCUUCUCCGAGGACGUUAUUUCUCACAGAGGUGACUUGCGCUACAUCACCAUUUCUGCAAACAGGGUAUUGGAAGCUGCCAAAUUGUGCAGUAAGAGAGAGGGCAGCAAAGUUGACAAGGAUGACGUGGACACAUCUGCCACCCACAGAGAAGUCCAGGGCAAGCUCGAUCAUGCCACGGAUCGGUUUAGGACUCUCUACUCCAAGUGUAAUGUUCUUGGAAAUAAUCUUAAAGACCUAGUGGAUAAAUACCAACACUAUCAGGACGUGUCCUGUGGACUUCGGUCUGCACUGCAGGCUUCGGAGGCCCUGGCCAGCAGACAGUUACUUGAACCUGUUGCUGUGGACCCCCAGAAUCUACAGAGGCAGUUAGAAGAGACCAAGGCUCUGCAAGGACAGAUAUCAAGUCAUCAGGGUGCUGUUGAGAAACUGAGAAAAACAGCAGAAGCGCUGUUAGAUGCAAGGGGUUCCUUACUUCCUGCCAAGAAUGACAUUCAAAAAACUCUGGAUGACAUCGUUGGGAGAUACGACGAUCUGUCCAAGUCUGUUAAUGAACGGAAUGAAAAGCUCCAGAUAACCCUGACCCGCUCCCUGAGUGUGCAGGACGGCCUGGAUGAGAUGCUGGGCUGGCUGGCCGGUGUGGAGAGUUCCCUGCAGGAGCAGGGCCAGGUGCCCUUAAACUCUGCUGCCCUUCAGGAUCUCAUCAGCAAAAACACUAUGCUGGAACAGGAUAUUGCAGGUCGUCAGAGCAGUAUUAAUGCCAUCAAUGAAAAAGUGAAGAAAUUUAUGGAAACAACAGACCCAUCCACUGCUUCCUCACUGCAGGCUAAAAUGAAGGACCUGUCUGUGAGGUUUUCAGAAGCCAGUCAGAAACACAGAGAAAAACUUGCCAAGAUGGAGGAGCUGAAAACCAAAGUAGAACGGUUUGAAAGCCUCUCCGGAAAGCUCCAGACAUUUUUAGAAACAAAAACUCAGGCUCUCACUGAGGUGGAUGUGCCGGGAAAAGAUGUUACUGAAUUGUCACAGUAUAUGCAGGAGUCAACUUCUGAAUUCUUAGAACACAAGAAAGAUCUUGAAGCUUUACAUAAUCUCUUGACGGAGAUAUCCAGCCAUGGCUUACCAGGUGAUAAGGCUUUGGUUUUUGAAAAAACAAAUAAUUUGUCUAAAAAAUUCAAAGAAAUGGAGGAUACCAUCAAAGAAAAAAAAGAAGCUGUAACGUCUUGUCAAGAACAACUGGAAGCUUUCCAAGUCCUUGUUAAAUCGCUAAAGUCAUGGAUAAAAGAAACGACAGCACAGGUUCCCAUCCUGCAGCCCUCCUUUGGUGCAGAAGAUCUAGAAAAAUCUCUGGAAGAAACAAAGAAAUUACAAGAAAAGUGGCGUUUAAAAGCACCAGAGCUUCAGAAAGCAAGCAGCAGCGGCAUCUCACUGUGUAACCUCAUAAGCGCAGUGACCACUCCGGCGAGGGUGAUCGCGGCAGUGAAGUCAGGUGGAGUAAUAUUAAAUGGUGAAGGAACCGACAAAAAUACACAGGACUUUUUGACAAAUAAAGGUUUAAAAUCUGUUCAAAAGGACAUGACUGACAUAAGUCACGGUUAUGAAGACCUUGGCCUCUUACUCAAGGACAAGAUAGCUGAAUUGAGCACUAAGCUCUUCAGACUGCAGAAGGCUCAGGAAGAGUCAAGCUCAAUGAUGCAGUGGUUAGAGAAAAUGAACAAGACUGCGGCGCGAUGGCACCAGACGCCGGCACCUGCCGACACUGAAGCUGUGAAGACUCAGUUUGAGCAGAAUAAGUCAUUUGAGGCAGAACUGAAGCAAAAUGUAAACAAAGUGCAGGAGUUGAAGGACAAACUGACUGAGCUGUUGGAAGAGAACCCAGAUAUUCCUGAGGCCCCCAAAUGGAAGCAGAUGCUGACAGAAAUAGAUUCUAAGUGGCAAGAACUCAACCAAUUAACAGUUGAUAGACAACAAAAGCUGGAAGAAUCCUCCAAUAAUCUAACCCAAUUCCAGACUGUGGAAGCUCAGUUAAAACAGUGGCUUGUGGAAAAAGAGUUGAUGGUCAGUGUGCUUGGGCCCUUGUCCAUCGACCCAAAUAUGCUGAACACACAAAAGCAGCAGGUACAGAUUCUGUUGCAAGAAUUUGACACCCGGAAACCUCAGUAUGAGCAGCUCAGGACAGCCGGCCAGGGUAUUCUGAGCAGGCCUGGAGAAGACCCUUCUUUGCACAAGGCUGUGAAAGAGCAGCUGGCAGCUGUGACCCAGAAGUGGAACAGCCUCACAGGACAGCUGGGGGACAGAUGUGACCGGAUCGACCAGGCCAUCGUCCAGAGCACGCAGUAUCAGAGCCUGCUGCGAAGCCUCUCGGAGAAGCUGAGUGAGCUGGAGAGGAAGCUCAGCGGCCUGGCUGCAAGCACCCGAGCCGAUGCUGUAAACCAGCAGCUGGAAGCAGCCCAGAGGCUGAUGCAGGAAAUAGAGCAGGAAAGAGCACAGAUAAGCACGGCCCAGGCGCUCUGUGAGGGCCUGUCAGCGCUGGUGAAAGAGGAGUACCUGAAAGCAGAACUCAGUAGGCAGCUGGACAGCAUCUUAAAAUCAUUUAAAGAUACUGAGCAGAAAGCAGAAAACCUUGUCCAGCACCUUCAGUCAGCCUGUGCAAGCUCUCAUCAAUUUCAGCAGAUGUCUAGAGAUUUUCAGGCUUGGCUGGAUACAAAGAAAGAAGAGCAAAAGAAGUCUCAUCCAAUAUCAGCCAAACUCAAAGUCUUAGAAUCGUUAAUUAAAGAUCAGAAAGACUUCAGUAAAACUUUAGCUGCCGAGUCUAAUAUUUAUGAAAAAACCAUUGCAGAAGGUGAAAAUCUGUUACUGAAAACACAAGGGUCUGAGAAGACCGCCUUACAGCUACAUCUCACCACAAUUAAAAACAAUUGGGAUGGAUUUAGUAAGCAAGUGAAAGAAAGAGAGGACAAGUUAAAAGAUGCAUUUGAGAAAGCCCUCAAGUACAAAGAACACGUGGAGACUCUCCGGCCAUGGGUGGACAAAUGUCAGAACAACCUGGAGGAAGUGAAGUUUUGUUUGGAUCCUGCUGAAACAGAGACUUCUGUUUCCAAGUUGAAGUCUUUGCAGAAGGAAAUGGACCAGCACUUUGGUAUGGUAGAACUGCUGAACAACACAGCCAAUAGCCUGCUCAGUGUCUGUGAAGUAGAUAAAGAGGUGGUUACAGAUGAGAAUAAAGCACUGAUCCAGAAGGUGGACACAAUCACUGAACAACUUCAUAAGAAGAAGUUCUCUCUGGAAAACAUGGCCCAGAAGUUUAAAGAAUUUCAAGAAGUUUCUAAAGAAGCCAAUAGGCAGCUUCAGUAUGCAAAGGAACAGUUGGAUGUCCAUGAUUCCCUGGGGCCCCAGGCUCACAGUAACAAAUGCCUGACCAUGCUGCAGGCUCAGCAGAAAGCGCUGCAGACCUUGAAGCACCAGGUAGACUUGGCCAAAAGGCUUGCUCAGGAUCUUGUGGUAGAAGCCUCAGACUCAAAGGGAACCUCUGACAUUUUAUUACAAGCAGAAACCUUAGCUCAAGAGCAUAGCACACUAAGUCAGCAGGUUGAUGAAAAAUGUUCAUUCUUAGAAACCAAGCUUCAGGGCAUUGGACAUUUCCAGAAUACCAUCCGAGAAAUGUUUUCUCAGUUUGCAGAGUUUGAUGAUGAACUGGAUAGCAUGGAUCCAGUGGGGAGGGAUGUAGAAACAUUGAAAAUGCAAAAGGAGGCUAUAAAAACCUUUCUGAAGAAACUAGGAGCCCUCAUCGCAAGCAAUGACAAUGCCAAUAAAACCUGCAAGAUGAUGCUGGCCACAGAGGAGGCCUCCCCGGACCUCGUUGGAAUCAAGAGGGACUUGGAGGCCUUAAGCAAACAGUGCAACAAGUUACUGGACCGAGCACACACUAGAGAAGAGCAGGUUGAAGGGAUGCUUGAGCGUCUUGAAGAAUUCUAUAGUAAAUUUCAAGAGUUUUCUACUCUGCUUCAGAAAGCUGAAGAACAUGAAGAGUCACAAGGUCCUGUUGGGAUGGAGAUAGAGACAAUUAAUCAACAGCUUGCUGUAUUCAAGGUUUUCCAAAAGGAAGAAAUAGAACCCUUGCAGGUUAAACAUCAAGAUGUAAACUGGUUGGGUCAAGGGCUGAUUCAGAGCGCUGCUAAAAACACCAGCACUCAGGGCUUGGAGCAUGACCUGGAAGGUAUCAGUGCUCGGUGGAAAGCUCUCAAUAAGAAGGUGGCUCAGCGAGCAGCCCAGAUGCAGGAGGCUCUGCUGCGCUGCGGGAGGUUCCAGGAUGCCUUGGAGUCCCUGCUCAGCUGGAUGGCGGACACCGAGGAGCUUGUGGCCAAUCAGAAGCCCCCAUCCGCCGAGUUCAAGGUGGUGAAGGCCCAGAUGCAAGAGCAAAAGCUUCUGCAGAAAUUGCUGGAUGACCGCAAAUCUACAGUGGAGGUAAUCAAACGAGAAGGAGAAAAAAUCGCUGCAACAGCAGAACCUGCAGACAAAGUGAAAAUCCUCAAGCAGCUGAGUCUCCUCGAUAGUAGAUGGGAGACUUUGCUUAAUAAAGUUGAGACAAGGACUCGUCAGUUGGAAGGUAUCUCGGUUGUAGCCCAGCAAUUUCAUGAAACCUUAGAACCACUGAAUGAGUGGCUCACCACCAUAGAAAAGAGGCUGGCAAACUGUGAUCCCAUAGGAACCCAAGCAUCGAAACUUGAGGAACAGAUUGCUCAGCACAAAGCUUUAGAAGAUGACAUCAUCAGUCACAGUAAACAUUUACACCAGGCUGUUAGCAUUGGCCAGUCCUUAAAGGUUUUGAGCUCCAGGGAGGAUAAAGAGAUGGUGCAGAAUAAAUUAAACUGCUCUCAAGUGUGGUACAUUGAGAUUCAAGAGAAAAGCCGCGGCAGGUCUGAGCUGCUCCAGCAGGCCCUGUGUAAUACUAAGAUUUUUGGGGAAGAUGAAGUGGAGCUGAUGACCUGGCUAAACGAAGUACAUGACACACUGAGCAAGCUCUCAGUCCCAGAUUGCAGCCCUGAGGGCCUCGGGGAGCAGCAGGCUGAACUGCGGGUUCUACAAGAGGACAUCCUGCUCAGGAAACAAAACGUAGAUCAGGCGUUACUCAAUGGCUUAGAACUUCUCAAGCACACCACAGGUGAUGAAGUUUUAAUAAUUCAAGAUAAACUGGAAACCAUUAAAGCAAGGUACAAAGACAUCACCACGCUGAGCACCGAUGUUGCCAAGACGCUGGAGCAAGUGCUGGAGCUCUCCCGGCGGCUGCACUCCACGCACCAGGAGCUGUGCGUGUGGCUGGACAGAGUGGAGGUGGAGUUACUGUCCUACGAGACUCAGGCUCUGAAGGGAGAAGCAGCAAACCAGGCACACACGAGACAGAAAGAGCUAAACAAGGAAGUUAAGAACAACAAAGCUUUACUGGAUUCCCUUAAUGAAGUAAGCAGCGCUUUGCUGGAAUUGGUACCGUGGAGGGCGAGAGAGGGCCUGGGGAAGAUGGUGGCAGAGGACAACGAGCGCUACCAGGCCGUGAGCAGCACCGUCACCCAGAAGGUGGAGGAGAUCGAUGCCGCCAUUCUGCGGUCCCAGCAGUUUGACCAAGCUGCUGAUGCUGAGUUAUCUUGGAUUACUGAAACAGAGAAAAAAUUGAUGGCUCUGGGUGACAUCAGGCUUGAGCAAGACCAGACCUCUGCUCAGCUGCAGGUUCAAAAGACGUUCACCAUGGAGAUUUUGAGGCACAAGGAUAUUAUUGAUGAACUUGUUAAAUCUGGAGAUAAAAUCAUGGCCACAUGCAGUGAAGAGGAAAAGCAAUCAAUGAAGAACAAACUGGACAAGGUAUUGAAAAACUAUGAUGCCAUCUGCCAGAUAAACUCAGAGAGAUACCUGCAGCUGGAGCGGGCGCAGUCCCUUGUUAACCAGUUCUGGGAGACAUACGAAGAACUCUGGCCAUGGCUGACAGAAACACAGAGGAUCAUCUCUCAGCUUCCUGCUCCAGCCCUUGAGUAUGAAACUUUAAGGCAGCAGCAGGAAGAACACCGGCAACUGCGAGAGUUGAUCGCCGAACACAAGCCACACAUAGAUAAGAUGAACAAGACUGGGCCACAGUUACUGGAAUUGAGCCCAGGGGAAGGCUUUUCUAUUCAAGAGAAGUAUGUGGCAGCUGAUACCCUUUACAGUCAAAUUAAAGAAGAUGUUAAAAAGCGCGCCGUGGCCCUGGAUGAAGCCAUGGCUCAAUCAACUCAGUUCCAUGACAAGAUUGACCAGAUCCGUGAGAGCCUGGAGCGUGUUGUAGAGCGUCUGAGGCAGCCGCCAUCCAUCUCUGCUGAGGUGGAGAAGAUAAAGGAGCAGAUCAGUGAAAACAAGAAUGUGUCGGUAGACAUGGAGAAGCUGCAGCCAUUGUACGAAACUCUUAAGCUGAGGGGAGAGGAAAUGAUCGCUAGAUCUGGGGGUGCCGAUAAAGACGUGUCUGCCAAAGCUGUUAGGGAUAAGCUUGACCAAAUGGUUUUCAUUUGGGAGAACAUACACACGCUGGUGGAAGAAAGGGAAGCCAAACUACUGGACGUUAUGGAACUAGCAGAAAAGUUCUGGUGCGACCACCUGGCUCUCGUGGUUACUACUAAAGAUACUCAAGAUCUCAUUCGGGACCUGGAAGAUCCUGGAAUUGACCCCUCAGUAGUAAAACAGCAGCAAGAAGCAGCAGAGGCCAUACGGGAAGAGAUAGAUGGGCUUCAGGAAGAGCUGGACAUGGUCGUUAACCUGGGCUCGGAGCUCAUCGCUGCGUGCGGGGAGCCGGAUAAGCCCAUUGUCAAGAAGAGCAUAGAUGAGCUAAAUUCAGCAUGGGAUUCUCUAAACAAGGCUUGGAAAGAUCGAACUGACCGACUGGAGGAGGCUAUGCAGACCGCUGUGCAGUACCAGGAUGGGCUGCAGGCAGUAUUCGACUGGAUGGAUAUUGCAGGUGGAAAAUUAGCAUCAAUGUCUCCAAUUGGAACAGAUCUUGAGACUGUCAAGCAGCAGAUUGAAGAGCUAAAGCAAUUUAAGUCGGAGGCUUACCAACAACAGAUAGAAAUGGAGAGGCUGAACCAUCAAGCAGAACUUUUACUGAAGAAAGUAAAGGAGGAGAGCGACAAGCACACUGUUCAAGACCCACUAAUGGAGCUGAAGCUGAUAUGGGACAGCCUGGACGAGAGAAUUGUCAACCGGCAGCACAAGUUGGAGGGUGCGCUGCUGGCCCUGGGGCAGUUUCAGCAUGCGCUAGACGAGCUCUUGGCGUGGCUGACACACACGGAGGGCUUGCUGAGUGAGCAGAAGCCCGUUGGCGGUGACCCGAAAGCCAUUGAAGUUGAACUUGCCAAACAUCACGUGCUCCAAAAUGAUGUCUUAGCCCAUCAGUCCACGGUGGAAGCUGUCAAUAAAGCAGGAAGUGAUCUAAUUGAAUCAAGCGCAGGAGAAGAAGCAAGCAACCUUCGGCACAAGCUGGAGGUUUUAAAUCAGCGUUGGCAGAACGUUUUGGAGAAAACCGAACAAAGGAAGCUGCAGCUAGACAGUGCCUUGCGCCAGGCCAAAGGCUUCCAUGGUGAAAUUGAGGAUCUGCAGCAGUGGCUGACUGACACGGAGCGUCACCUGCUGGCAUCGAAGCCUCUGGGCGGUCUACCGGAAACGGCCAAGGAGCAGCUGAGCACCCACAUGGAAGUCUGUGCUGCGUUUGACAUUAAAGAAGAAAUAUACAAGAACCUGAUGCAGAAAGGCCAGCAGAUGCUUGCAAGAUGCCCCAAAUCUGCAGAGACAAAUGUUGAUCAAGAUAUAAAUAACUUGAAAGAAAAAUGGGAAUCAGUGGAAACAAAACUCAACGAAAGGAAAGCUAAACUGGAAGAGGCCCUCAGCUUGGCCGUGCAGUUCCACGACUCCUUGCAGGACUUCAUCAGCUGGCUCACCCAGGCGGAGCAGACCCUGAAUGUGGCUUCCCCGCCAAGUCUUAUCUUGGACACAGUCUUGUUUCAGAUUGAUGAGCACAAGGUCUUUGCCAAUGAAGUCAAUUCUCAUCGUGAGCAAAUCAUAGAGCUGGACAAAACUGGAACCCACUUAAAGUAUUUCAGCCAGAAGCAAGAUGUUGUCCUCAUUAAGAAUCUACUAAUCAGUGUGCAGAGUCGAUGGGAAAAAGUCGUUCAGCGGUUAAUAGAAAGAGGAAGAUCACUGGAUGAGGCAAGGAAGAGAGCCAAGCAGUUCCACGAGGCAUGGAGUAAACUUAUGGAGUGGCUUGAAGAGUCAGAAAAUUCUCUGGAUUCUGACCUGGAAAUUGCCAAUGAUCCAGACAAAAUAAAAACACAGCUUGCACAACAUAAGGAGUUUCAGAAAUCACUGGGAGCCAAACAUUCCGUCUAUGAUACCACCAACCGAACUGGACGCUCACUGAAGGAGAAAACCUGCCAGGCUGAUGACAACCUGAAGCUGGAUGACAUGCUGAGUGAACUCAGAGACAAGUGGGACACCAUCUGCGGAAAGUCUGUGGAGAGACAAAACAAACUGGAGGAAGCACUGUUAUUCUCUGGGCAAUUCACAGAUGCCCUGCAGGCCCUCAUUGAUUGGCUGUAUAGGGUUGAACCCCAGCUGGCAGAAGACCAACCUGUCCAUGGGGACAUUGAUUUGGUGAUGAAUCUGAUCGAUAAUCACAAGGUUUUCCAAAAAGAGCUGGGAAAGAGGACCAGCAGUGUACAAGCGCUGAAGCGCUCUGCCCGGGAGCUUAUAGAAGGCAGCCGCGAUGACUCCUCCUGGGUCAAAGUCCAGAUGCAGGAGCUGAGCACACGCUGGGAGAGCGUGUGUGCACUGUCUAUCUCAAAGCAGACGCGGCUAGAAGCAGCCCUGCGUCAGGCGGAAGAAUUCCACUCGGUGGUCCACGCCCUCCUGGAGUGGCUGGCUGAGGCAGAGCAGACCCUGCGUUUCCAUGGUGUUCUCCCAGAUGAUGAGGAUGCUCUUCGAACUCUCAUUGACCAGCAUAAGGAAUUCAUGAAGAAACUGGAAGAAAAAAGAGCUGAACUCAAUAAAGCCACCAGUAUGGGUGAUGCGGUUCUGGCCAUCUGCCACCCAGAUUCCAUCACCACCAUUAAGCACUGGAUAACCAUCAUCCGGGCCAGGUUUGAGGAGGUACUGGCCUGGGCCAAGCAGCAUCAGCAGAGAUUAGCCAGUGCUCUGGCUGGACUCAUUGCUAAGAAGGAGUUGUUGGAAGCUUUGCUGUCUUGGUUGCAGUGGGCUGAAGCCACACUCAGUGAAAAGGACAAAGAAGACAUCCCCCAGGAGAUCGAGGAGGUGAAGGCGCUCAUCGCAGAGCACCAGUCUUUCAUGGAAGAAAUGACCAGGAAACAGCCCGAUGUGGAUAAAGUCACCAAGACCUACAAGCGGAGAGGAGCGGAUCCUCCCUCCUUGCAGUCCCACAUUCCAGUCCUGGAUAAGGGCCGAGCAGGAAGAAAACGCUUCCCAGCAUCCAGUUUGUAUCCUUCUGGAUCCCACACACAAAUCGAAACCAAGAACCCCAGGGUAAACCUGCUGGUGAGCAAAUGGCAGCAAGUCUGGCUCCUCGCGUUGGAAAGGAGAAGGAAGCUCAAUGACGCCUUGGACAGGCUGGAAGAGCUGAGGGAAUUUGCUAACUUUGAUUUUGAUAUUUGGCGAAAAAAAUACAUGCGGUGGAUGAACCACAAGAAAUCUCGAGUGAUGGACUUCUUCAGGAGAAUUGAUAAAGAUCAGGAUGGGAAGAUAACCCGGCAAGAGUUUAUUGAUGGAAUUCUUUCUUCAAAAUUCCCGACGAGUCGCCUGGAGAUGAGCGCGGUUGCAGACAUCUUCGACAGAGACGGCGACGGCUACAUUGACUACUACGAAUUUGUAGCAGCUCUUCACCCAAAUAAGGAUGCUUACAAGCCCGUCACAGACGCUGACAAGAUUGAAGAUGAGGUCACAAGGCAGGUAGCUAAGUGUAAGUGUGCAAAGCGAUUUCAAGUUGAACAGAUCGGUGAUAACAAAUACAGGUUCUUCCUGGGAAAUCAGUUUGGAGACUCCCAGCAGCUGCGGCUGGUUCGGAUCCUGCGAAGUACUGUGAUGGUUCGUGUUGGAGGCGGAUGGAUGGCACUUGAUGAGUUCUUAGUGAAAAAUGAUCCUUGCAGGGUUCAUCAUCAUGGGAGUAAAAUGUUACGUUCGGAAUCAAACUCUUCAAUUACUACUACUCAGCCUACUAUAGCUAAAGGAAGGACCAACAUGGAACUGCGUGAGAAGUUCAUCUUGGCAGACGGCGCCAGCCAGGGCAUGGCUCCUUUCCGACCCCGGGGCCGCAGAUCCCGGCCCUCCUCUCGGGGAGCUUCACCUAACAGAUCAACUUCUGUGUCCAGCCAGGCUGGUCAAGGGGCCUCCCCGCAGGUCCCUGCCACAAGUACACCCAAGGGCACACCCAUCCAGGGCAGCAAGCUGCGGCUUCCGGGGUACUUAUCAGGGAAAGGCUUCCACUCUGGGGAGGACAGUGGCUUGAUCACCACGGCUGCUGCCCGGGUGCGCACACAGUUCGCCGAUCCCAAGAGGACUCCCAGCCGACCCGGAAGCCGCGCGGGGAGCAAAGCCGGCAGCAGGGCCAGCAGCCGCAGAGGCAGCGAUGCAUCUGACUUCGACAUCUCGGAGAUCCAGUCUGUGUGUUCAGAUGUGGAGCCGGUCCCCCAGACACACAGACCUGCACCCCGAGCAGGCCCUCGGCCUUCCACAGGAAAGCCUUCCAAGAUCCCCACGCCUCAGAGGAGAUCACCUGCCAGCAGACUGGACAAGUCCUCCAAGAGAUAGUGCAGUCCGCCCCUGUGGGCCUUGCCUGAACAUUUCUUAUUUAAGUGUGAACAGUGUAAAGUAUGAUGUAGAAAUUCUUGUGAAAUAUCCCAAGAGAUGAGUUUAAAAUUCUGCAAAUGGCCUUAUCUGUGUAUAUGCCUUUUUAUUUGAUCUGUAUCAUUUUUUGGUCAGAUAUUUCGGGGCUGAAGUCACAUCAUAUGUGACGGGGAAAGAGUCUGAUGUGAGCUAACAUUUCCACACCUAAUGUGUACACUAAGCGUACACCAAGUCAGUUACCAUCUACAGGUAAGUCUCUGUUCUCUCUGACAGCCACAGCACUACAUUGAUAGUUGACACUAAGGACACCCCAUGAUGGGUUUUCUUGUUUUCUGUGGAAAUCCCAAACAGCCGGAAGACAUAGACCAAGGAUAUAUUUUAAGAUGAUUUAAAUGUAAAAUUCUGAUGGCAGCAAGACAAACACAUCCACACACAGUUCUUUAAGCAGUAUCGGUCAGAGAACUCACAGGCGUUUACUUCAAGCACUUGACGGUACCGUAAUACUCUAGUGUGGGGCAGCUUUUCUGUGCUGAGGCUUCAAAGGAAGCCAGCCGAAGUGUCCUAGGUUGGAGGCCCAUUACACUGCGAGAACGUGGCCUUCAAGUGUAAUCGUAUAAAUGUGAGGCUUCCCUUUGCUUGAGUGCGCAGUAGCCCCUGUACCAUUGAACUCAUUUUGUAACAAAGCGGUUUUUGCUUGCAAAAGCUAUAAAAUAAAAACAUGUCCCUUAACUA